AUGACGGUUUCAUACACUCUCAAAGUGGCCGAGGCGCGCUUUGGAGGCUUCUCUGGGCUGCUGCUCCGGUGGAGGGGAAGCAUCUACAAGCUCCUGUACAAGGAGUUUCUGUUGUUUGUCGCCCUCUACGCCUCCCUCAGCAUCACCUAUCGGCUGCUGCUGACCCAGGAGCAGAGGCACGUGUACGCGCAGGUGGCCCGAUACUGCAACCGCUCUGCGGAUCUCAUCCCUUUGUCCUUCGUAUUGGGUUUCUAUGUGACUCUGGUGGUGAACCGCUGGUGGUCCCAGUACACAAGCAUCCCGCUGCCAGACCAGCUGAUGUGCAUCAUCUCAGCCAGCGUGCACGGCGUGGACCACAGCGGCCGCUUGCUGCGCCGCACGCUCAUGCGCUACGCCAACCUGGCGUCGGUGCUGGUGCUGCGCUCGGUGAGCACCCGCGUGCUCAAACGCUUCCCCUCAGUGCAGCACGUGGUGGACGCAGGUUUCAUGUCCCAGGAAGAGAGGAAAAAGUUUGAGAGUUUGAAAUCCGACUUUAACAAGUACUGGGUCCCCUGCGUCUGGUUCACUAACCUGGCUGCCCAGGCCCGCAAGGAUGGACGCAUCCGUGAUGACAUCACUCUCUGCCUCCUCCUAGAAGAGCUGAACAAAUACCGCGCCAAGUGCAGCAUGCUGUUCCACUAUGACUGGAUCAGUGUCCCCCUCGUCUACACCCAAGUGGUGACUAUAGCCGUGUACUCAUUCUUUGCCCUCUCCCUGGUGGGCCGCCAGUUUGUGGAGCCAGAGGCAGGGGCUGCCAAAGCCCAGGGGCCCCUGGAGCCAGCGCUGGCCCCGGGAGACCCGGACAUGUACGUGCCUCUCACGACACUGCUGCAGUUCUUCUUCUAUGCUGGCUGGCUCAAGGUGGCUGAACAGAUCAUCAACCCCUUUGGAGAGGAUGACGACGACUUUGAGACCAAUCAGCUCAUAGACAGAAACCUGCAGGUGUCCCUGCUGGCCGUGGACGACAUGUAUCAGAAUCUGCCCCCCACCGAGAAGGAUCCAUACUGGGACGAGGCCCAGCCGCAGCCGCCCUACACUGUGGCCACGGCGGCCGACUCGCUGAGACCUUCCUUCCUGGGCUCCACCUUCAACCUGCGCAUGAGCGACGACCCAGAGCAGAGCGUCCAGGUGGCGCCGUCCCCGGCGCUGGCCCGGGCCGCUGUGCAGACCCCGCUGCUCAGCCCUUGGACCCCGCAUCUGCAGCGCUUCCGGGCCGAGGAGGGUGGCCACCCGGAGGGGGCGGCGGGCCGGGGCUGUAUCGAGGAGGAAGCGGCGGAAUCAGGGGAGGCGGCCCCGGAGCCCUAA